GCACAGCAUCAGAUGUCAGAUUUGGGAGCCUCCAUCAGGCCAGAGGAGGGUUAGAGGGAACCAAGGGUGUGUCUCUGUGCAAUGUCACUCAUAUGAUGUCAGUACUAGCAUGUUCUGCCUGGGAUCUGUGUAAUGAUCUCUGAAUGCCCUGGCCUCCCUCCAUUUUCCACUCUUUUUCUCCUCCUCUCCCCUUUAUUUUUUCCUUUCUAUAUGGAUGGGGCUUGUCCUGGAUAGGCACAGUUCAUAAGGGUCCAAGGAGGCUGUAUCACAGACUAAGUAAAGUUACACCCCCACCCUUCCAGACUGUGCCUCUCCUAAUCUGACAGUGCAGGGCUCCAACAGAAGGAGAGCAGAUUGUUAAACGCCAAAAUCCUGCAAGAUCUCUCUCUCCCUCUCUCUCUCUGUUUGCACAGCUAACACAGCAAAGAAAAACUCCAGAGAUACACGCCAGCCAGCACUCACCUACUGGAUAUUUUAUUCUCCUGCUCUUUGCCUAGAGAAUUCAUACAAACCUUUCUUUCCAAGUUACACCAAAUGGAUUUUAGCUGCUUGUAUGGGCUUUUUGCUUGCCUUGUAACUUCUUCCUGCUGGGUACCCGUGGAAUCCUUUACUAACAAAGAAUCCAUAUCUGGGAAGCUAAGUGAAUACGGGGUGAUUGUCCCAUUCAGUACGGAUCACCUAGGGCAUUAUAUUUCGCACGUGGUGUCAGCAGCAGGAAGUAGCAGAGGCGGUCUGACCUCAGAGCACCCUGGCCAGACUCAGAGGGUUGCCCGCAGUGCGCCCGAAUCAUAUGAUAGGCACUUAUACUUCAAUGUCACAGUAUUUGGCAAGCAGCUGCAUCUUCGUCUCAAGCCUAAUAGACAUCUGGUUUCUCAUGGGGCUACUGUGGAGUGGCAGGAGGACUUCCAAGAGACCUCUCAAGGGUCACUCCAUGCUGGGUGUGUGUACACAGGAGACAUCACCGAUAUGCCAGGAGCAACUGUGGCCAUCAGCAACUGUGACGGACUGGCUGGCAUGAUAAGGACUGAUGAGACUGAAUAUUUCAUUGAGCCAUUAGAAAAAGGAAGACAAGAUGAAGAGGAAAAUGGUCGUGCACACGUGGUCUAUAGAAGAUCUGCUGUUCAACAAAAUAAAACAGCGAAUCAGGAGACAGAGCACAAUGAAGUUGCAAGGAAUAAAGUUGGUGACCUCCCAUAUUCGUUGGAUUUGUUACAAGACGGACUACGUGAAAAAGAGAGAAACAAGCGUCAUGCCAAGAAGGAUGACUACAACAUUGAGGUGCUGCUGGCAGUGGAUGACUCCGUUGUGCGUUUCCAUGGGAAAGAGCAUGUGCAAAACUACGUUCUCACCCUCUUGAACAUAGUGGAUGAAAUUUACCAUGACGAAUCACUUGGAGUCCACAUCAACAUAGUGCUGGUCCGAAUGAUUAUGGUGGGAUACAGGCAGUCAAUCAGUCUGAUAGAAAGGGGGAACCCAUCAAGGAGCCUUGACCAAGUGUGUCGCUGGGCCAAUUCUCAGCAGCGUUCAGACCCGGAUCAUGCAGAGCACCACGACCAUGCUGUGUUUCUCACCAGGCAAGAUUUUGGUCCCGCAGGUAUGCAAGGUUAUGCCCCUGUGACGGGCAUGUGUCACCCUUUGCGCAGCUGUACCCUGAAUCAUGAAGAUGGGUUCUCCUCUGCAUUUGUUGUGGCUCACGAAACAGGCCAUGUGUUAGGUAUGGAACAUGAUGGACAAGGAAACCGUUGUGCUGAUGAAACAAGCAUGGGAAGCAUUAUGGCCCCACUGGUGCAGGCUGCAUUCCACCGCUAUCAUUGGUCCAGAUGCAGCAAACAAGAGCUUAACAGAUACAUACACUCCUAUGACUGCCUUCUGGAUGACCCCUUUGAUCACAAAUGGCCCAAAUUACCAGAACUUCCAGGAAUCAAUUAUUCAAUGGAUGAGCAAUGUAGAUUUGAUUUCGGAGUGGGCUACAAGAUGUGCACUGCUUUCAGGACAUUUGACCCUUGCAAGCAGUUGUGGUGCAGCCAUCCGGAUAAUCCUUAUUUCUGCAAAACGAAGAAGGGUCCUCCACUUGAUGGGACCGAAUGCUCCCCAGGAAAGUGGUGCUUUAAAGGCUAUUGCAUCUGGAAGACACCAGAGCAGUCUUACAGUCAGGAUGGAGGAUGGAGCUCAUGGUCAAGAUUUGGAUCUUGCUCAAGAACCUGUGGAGGUGGAGUGCGAUCCCGUAGCAGGCAAUGCAACAACCCACCGCCAGCAUAUGGAGGAAGGGAUUGUCCUGGUGCAGCCUACGAAUAUCAAAUGUGCAAUAAUGAAGAAUGUCGGGGCCCAUUUGAGGACUUUCGUGCCCAACAGUGCUCUCAGCGUAAUUCAUAUUACACUCAUCAGAAUACCAAGCACAUGUGGCUGCCUUACGAGCAUCAUGACGAUGCCCAAAAGUGUGAACUUAUAUGCCAGUCUAAGGAAACAGGAGAUGUGGUAUUUAUGAAUCAGGUGGUUCAUGAUGGUACAAGAUGCAGCUACAAGGAUCCUUACAGUGUCUGUGCCAGAGGAGACUGUGUGCACAUUGGAUGUGACAAGGAAAUAGGUUCCAUCAAAGAAGAUGAUAAAUGUGGAGUUUGUGGUGGCGAUAACUCCCAUUGCCGAACAGUUAAAGGAACACUAGUAAAAUCUCCAAAACAGACUGCUGGGAUUCUGAAAAUGUUUGAGAUUCCAGCAGGUGCCAGACAUAUCCAAAUAGAGGAAACAGAGCCAUCUACUAACUAUAUUGCCAUUAAAAACCAGGCUAGUGGAAAUCCAAUUCUCAAUGUGAAGGGUGUGGAAGGCAAAUCAAAGACCUUUAUAGAACUGGGCCUGGACUGGGAUUACACCAUUGAAGAUGGCAAAGAGACUGUGAAAACAAUUGGACCCUUGCAUGAACCCAUUGUUGUUUUGGUUGUACCACAGGAGGAAGAAGAAAAAACAACCCUGACCUAUAAAUACAUAAUUCAUGAAGAUCUCCUACCAAUGAUUGGCAACAAUAAUGUGCUGCUUGAGGAGAUGGAUUCCUAUGAGUGGGCUCUGAAAAGUUGGUCUCAGUGCUCCAAGGCAUGUGGCGGAGGCAUUCAGUAUACAAAAUAUGGCUGUAGGCGUAAAGGAGACAACAGGAUGGUUCACCGUAACUUCUGUGACAACAACAAAAAGCCAAAACCAAUACGCAGACGGUGCAAUCAACAAGAAUGCUCCCAGCCAGGGUGGGUGGCUGAGGAGUGGGGUGCUUGCAGCAAAUCUUGUGGCAAACUAGGUGUGCAGGCCAGGCUGGUGCAGUGCAUUCAGCACUUGCACAAUGGCACAAACAGGACUGUCCACACUAAGUACUGCACUGCUGAGCGCCCAGAAACAAGGAGACCCUGUAAUCGGACACCAUGCCCAGCACAGUGGAGGACGGGAGCCUGGUCACAGUGUUCGUCAAGUUGUGGUGAGGGCAUCCAACAGCGUCAGGUUGUUUGCAAAGCUAGUGAUAAUGCCAUUGGUCAGUGCGAUGGCGAGAAGCCAGAAACCAUCCAGGUUUGCAGGAUGGCAGCCUGUACUGGAAAAUCUCCAGGACUCACACCAAAUGCGGAAAGCAUAGAGUCCAUAACACCAAAAAUGCCCUUGGUGUUAGGGCAAAAUGUACCAAGAAACCCCGUAAGCAAGAUUUCAACAAAGGAUUCAUGCCAAGGAGACAAAUCAAUAUUUUGCCAGAUGGAAGUUCUAGCACGCUACUGCUCCAUACCAGGCUACAAUAAGCUAUGCUGUGAAUCAUGCGGUAAAAAGAUCACCCCUACCAGUUUGACUCCAGGCUCAGAGCAUGCAGCACUGGAACUCAGGGCCCCCGAAGGAGCAGUCCUGCCAACUCCCAUUCAUCCUAUAACCUUGGUACCAACCAUCAUUAGCAAGUUGAAUAAAGCCUCAGCAGGUGACAACCCUGUGGAUGCCUCACUUGAUUCCAAACAUGCAAUAAAGGAAGCCUCAGCAAAUGACACUGUGCCUUCUAUGAGAGAUUCAUCUGCAUAUGUAUCAAUAAGGAAUACUUCUGCUACAGAUGUAGGAAAGGCUCGGUUGCCAGAAACUCGUGAGGCUCUUUUGGAUAACCCUAACUUACAGUCUAAUAAAUCUCUGGCCAGCAAACAAAGCAGAGACAGUUCUGUAUCAACAUCGGAUUUAAUAAGGCGAAUUAAGGAACGUACUGAAAAUCUGAAGUCCAGAUCUAGUGUUCAGAGCGCCUCUGUGGCUACAUGAGUCCAUACACUGUCAUUGGGUUUCUUUAAGGAGCUGUGCAGAAUCAUUGAAAAUGGAGUUACAAGAGGAAAAAAAAGGCUUUUUGCAAUUUGGCCGUAGCACUUUUUCAGUCAUGAAAUAAUACAGUGACAUAUGUUUCUAGAUAACGCAACUAUGAGACUUCUGGGCAUUAAGACAGUAGAGCCCAAUCAUUGUUACCUCACAGUGCAAAUGUCAUUGCACUUUACAUUUGAUAAGGGUGCUACCAACUGGAUUUGUACCAAAAAGGAAAAUACUUUUGUACAUCUCACCUCAGUUCUCAAACCAGCUGGUGCCUUAUUUAAUAUGUUAAAGACGUUGAAAAACUUGAAACAUGGUGCUUUCUCAAGUCCCCAUCAGGCAUAAAACAGCAUCAGUACUUUCAGCUGUCGAACAGCAGAAUUUCUGUUCCAAAGGCUCAAGCAUUGGAUUUGAUUCAUUGAUUGACCUUUGCUGUAAUUUCUAUAUGAACUCCUUUGCCUCUGGCCUUACCAACUUUAAUGUCUACUGCUGCUAGUAGAAUAAUGUUCACCUGAAAAGCGGGAGGGGUCAUUUCUUUUUGUUCUAAAGGAUCUGCUUUAUUCAUGGAAAAUGGUUCUGGAGAUUUACCAAGUCAUCCAAAAUAGGUUUAUUAUUCUCAAACAAAAAAUCUAAUUGGGUAAUCUCCGUAGUGAUUUGUAUUAUACAGAAAAGAGCACACAUAAGGAUCACAGUACAAAAGGUAAGCUAGCAUCAAUCAGUACUUCUUAAAGGGCCACUAUACAAACAAAUUCCUGCUGACUUGUGCUUGGUACAGAGGAAUACAUGUAAAUGUUGAUGUGGUGUUAUGGUAUUUCUCUGUAGUGCCUAUGAACAGUAUUUUCUUCUGCUAUUCAAAUACAUUUAUAUUACCAGACAUUUUUUCUUUGGCAGCCCUUGGCAACAAUGCAUAUCUAUGAUGGAGUUUUAGGAAAAAUGAAAAUGCAUGCAGGGUCAGUAACACCUUUAAAGAAACUAGGGCCAACAAUAGGGGAAACAUAACAAGAGCAGUUAUAUGAUUGUGUUUUCACUUCUUCUCCAUACAAAUACAAGCGAGAGUAAAAAAAAAACACAUGGCCCUUUAAAUACUCAGAUAUCUGGGUAUAGAGUGCCUUGGGGCCGUUUUUCCAUUCCUUUACAUUUGCGAGUUCUGCUGCCCAAAACGAUCAUUUGUAAUGCAUUAAAGUUGGAGGUUGCUUCCGGUGGUCUUAAAGCUGGUGGUUAUUCCUGGCUUGGAGGCAAGUUUUGGUGGUAAAACCAGGUGUGCUGACAAACAGAGCCUCUUGUAGGCUGCC